CGGCUGCCCCUGUUCCCCCGGCUGUCAGAGGCUGUGACAGCUGAAAAUAUCCUUUCUCUCUUUAUCUGUGCGCUGAAUACAGUCGCCACCAUGUUUGAGGAGGCCAGUGAAGUGUUCGAUAACAUGUUUAAAUCUUCGUUUCCUCUCACCUUCAUCGUGUUUCUGCCCGCGGUGCUGAUCCUGGUGUCUCCGCUGCCGGCCGAGGCGGCGCAUGAGUUCACGGUGUACCGCAUGCAGCAGUACGACCUGCAGGGGCAGCCUUACGGUACCAGGAAUGCCAUCCUGAACACUGAGGCUCGUACUGUGGAGGCAGAGGUACUAAGUCGUCGUUGUGUUAUCAUGCGGCUGGCAGACUUCUCUUACGACAAGUAUCAGAAAGCCCUGCGUCAGUCAGCGGGGGCUGUUGUCAUCAUCCUGCCCAAGAACAUGUCGGCUAUGCCCCAGGACAUAGUGCAGCAGUUCAUGGAGCUGGAGCCAGAGAUGUUGGCUACUGAGACCAUCGUCCCCGUCUACUUUGCCAUGGAGGAUGAUGAGCUGCUGUCCAUUUACACCCAAACCCUGACCUCCUCUUCCUCCCAGGGCUCCUUAUCAGCAGCUGAAGUCUUGCUACAUACAGCCACAGCUAAUGGCUUUCAGAUGGUCACCAGCGGAGCUCAGAGCAAAGCCGUCAAUGACUGGGCCAUCACCAGUCUGGAGGGUCGCCUGGCAGGAGUUGGAGGAGAGGAUUUGCCUACUAUUGUGGUGGUGGCUCACUAUGACUCCUUUGGUGUUGCUCCAUGGUUGUCGUACGGAGCAGAUUCAAACGGCAGCGGAGUAUCCAUGUUACUGGAGCUGGCUCGUCUCUUCUCAAAACUCUACACGUACAAGAGGACGCACGCUGGGUACAACCUGCUGUUCUUUGUAUCUGGUGGGGGGAAGUUUAACUACCAGGGCACCAAACGUUGGCUAGAAGACAAUCUGGACCACACAGACUCCAGUCUGCUGCAGGACAACGUAGCCUUCGUGUUGUGUUUAGACACUUUGGGAAAUGGAGACUCAUUACACCUCCAUGUUUCCAAACCUCCUAAAGAGGGAACUCCUCAGUAUUCUCUGCUCAAGGAGCUUGAGAUGGUGUCAUCGAGUCAGUACCCAGAGGUCAAGUUCUCCAUGACCCACAAGAAGAUCAACCUGGCCGACGACAUGCUGGCCUGGGAACACGAGCGCUUCGGGAUCCGCCGGCUGCCAGCCUUCACUCUAUCCCAUCUGCCAUCCCAUCGCCUGGCUCAGCGCUCCAGCAUCAUGGACGUGCGGUCAGUGUCCCCCUCCUCUCGCUAUGGAGCGGGAGAGCCCCCUGCUGGGCCUCAUGUUGACGUGAAGAAGCUUAGCAGGAACACCAAGGUGGUGGCAGAGGCCCUCGCCAGAGUCAUCUACAACCUCACAGAAAAGGGAGCUCCUGGAGACCUGCAGAUCUUCAGCGAACAAAUGCAGGUGCAAGAGGAACAACUGUCAGCAGUGGUUGACUGGCUUACAGCGCAGCCCCGAGCCGCCCAGCUGGUUGACAAAGACAGCAGCGUGGUGUCCACCCUGGAGUAUCACCUGGGACGCUACCUUAAGGAUGUCAAGAAACACUACGUCAAAGCAGACAAGAGGGAUCCAGAGUUUGUAUUUUACGACCAGCUCAAGCAGACGAUGAACGCCUACAGAGUGAAGCCAGCUAUUUUUGACCUUCUGCUGGCUGUCUGCAUUGCAGCCUACUUAGGGGUGAUGUAUCUGGCGAUCCAGAACUUCGGAGUCCUGUACAGCGUUGUCCGUAGAAUCACCCAACCCAAGACGAAGGCCCACUAAGCCUCACAACACUUCUUUUUUUUUUUUUUUCCUUCCGCCAGACCCCGCCCUUUUCCUCAAAUCCAGAAACUCUAGCCAGUAAGAACACAGACGCCAGGCCAAGCUGCCGUUCUCGUGAUGGUUUUCAAAACCAGCAGAAUCAUUUCUAUUUCCUUCAUCCUGAACAACAAACUAUGAUGUCAGAUCCUGUCUUGCUGCCAACUUAAUCUAUUCGGUCUCACGGACCAGAAUAAUCAGGAAUCAUUUUUUGCUCUCCCUGUCCUGAGUACACACGCCUCGUCAUUCAUUUAAAAUAAUCCCUCUACGUUGGAAAUAUUUAUUUAUUUGAUUGACGUUAACCGUUAGUUCACACCUCGGAUCCAGAUGAGAUGAAGUGAGUGGUUGUGAUGUUGCUGUACCACUGAUCACUCUUCAUUCCUCUUCUCGUUAUACUGUACGAGUGAUCGUUCUGCCAAAUUGACGUCAUGUGUUGUUUCGGGCAGCUAGAGGGAGACACAGACCGCACAGAGUUUAGCCCAGAGUUUCUUUUUGUGCCCUCCACCAACCUUUUUUGUCUUCUUUCAAGUCCAUCUUGAUUGAAUACUCCCUUAUGUAGGCUGAAAGAGUUAUUAUUGGUCUCUGCAAUCACUCUCCUUCUGCAUACUGGUCGUGUAGAGACCUGCAUCUAAUGUGAAGCCAGUGUAAGAGAAUGAGCAUGUGUUUAAGCUAAUAAGAGGCUUCAGAAGUUUGAGUUAACCAACCCGAGUGUGUAUUCCUGUCAGUCCACCACAUCGAGUCCAACAUCGAGUCCAACAUUGAGUCCAGACUAAAAUAGCUCAACAAAUACAGGAUGGUUCACCAUGAAACUUUAUACAGUCAGUUAUAGAGCUCAGAGGAUGAAUACUCAGUAAAAUGUCUCCACUUGGGCUGAUUAUUGUUCAUUAUCGAUUACUUCUUUAUUGUAGUCUGAGGUGACAUUCAUUCAUUUACUAUCAUAUAAGUUUAACAAAAGCAGAAAAUAUUCACAUUUAAGAGGCUGGAACAAUUUGUCUUUUUUUUUUCCUUAAAAAAUGACAAAUAGUUCAUCAGAAUCAGAAUAGUUGGUGAUUCAUGAAUUGUUGCAACUUUAGUUUCCUCAACUAUUGGGUGGAUUGCCAUGAAAUUUGGAACACACUCAUUUCCCAGUCAGGAUGAAUUUUGACUUUCUCUCUUGCACCAACGUGAGAUCAAAGUUUCAGUUUGUCCAGUGCUUUGAUUGAUUAUGAAAAUCAAAUGAUGUUAAUGAUAAAUUAUCACCUGUUAGCAUUUAGUUCAAAGCUCAGCUGCCCACAUAGACUGUGCAGUUUGUUUUUCUAAUAGACUUUCAUACCAACAGUAGAGUAGAAGUUUGGCCUCUUACCUCCCUCUUUAUUUAACUCAGACUACUGAAGCUUCAUAUUAGCUUCAGUUCAACUCAAGAAUACCACCAAAAGACACUAAUAACUCUUUCAAUAUACAUAUGGGCAUGUGCGUAUUUUAUGAAACCGUACUUGGAAAAAUCUGUGAAAAUGACUCCUCAACACAAAUACCGUUUACGGAAAAGGCAACCUGUCCAGAUGAAAUGUGAAGUAGUGUUUUAGAUGAUCCUGAUAACAUUGCCUUGGUAGGACAAAAAUAUUCUUGCCAACAAUAAAUGUGUGCAUGAAUUUCCUCUUUUCUCCCCAAUGAAUAAUAGACAUUUGUAGAAAUCUAACCCUGAAAUUUUUUCUAGACUCGGUUUGUUUCCUGUUGCUGUGUGACUUCUUUGUGUCUUAUUUUUUUUACCACUCAGUUUUCUUUCUUUCUUCUUUUUUUUUUUUAAAACCCUGUACUGAUAAGAAAGUCUUGAUGUUGAAUUACUGGCGGCAAAAGGUCACAUGCCACAAACGUGUUCUCUUGUCUAAUCAGAGACCCUGUGUUUUUAGUGUGUUAAGAGUACAACGCCAACACAUCACAAUGAGAUAAAACUCCCCCUUUACUCCUUUUUUUAUCAGUCAAACCGUGCUGAUUGUGGCAGAAAUGCGAUUUCUCACUUAAUCUGAUUUUUUUUUUUUUUUCUUUUAAAGCCGUGACAAGAUUUUUGGUCAAGUCAGCACUGCAGGUUUUAUACCAUUGAUGUCUUAAAGUGAGCACGAACACAAAGGGGGGAGGUGGUUAAAUCUGAAAAGUAUCUUAAAAAACACCAAUUCUUUAUUAGUUUGUGUAAAUUCAACGAUUCUGCAGUGAAGUCUUGACCUUUUCUCUGCCCUGGUCUUGCCUUGUUGUGGGUGAAUGGUGUCUAUUAGCUGGUUUUUGUGUUUUUCAGUGUUACUGCAUGACCUCUUCCCUCCUUUUUUUUCUCCUGUUGCCAUGGUAACAAUGACAUUUUAUUUACCAACACAAGGGAACGAUUCGUGUGGUACAUAUGAUUUUUUUCUUCUUUUUUUUUUUUUUAAUUUAUUGAAACCGUUUUGAUCUGUGCACUGAAAGUGAACUCUCCUCUCGUCUGAACUGUUUCACCUCAUCCACAACACUUGAUCUUUGCAAUGAAAAUGAUAUCAGUUGUGAUUAAAAAUAAAUAAAUGACAAAAAUAAAAUCGCACAUGUGUUCUUCUUUUUGUUUACUGACAUGUUUUAUUUUAUGGGAAAAAAAUAAUAACAUUGGCUGAAUGGUAUUAAAAUUGUAUUACAAAAGAGCAAGUAGUGUCUUUUAUCAAGUGGUCAGAUUUUUAAAAAGUGGUAAAAUUUAAACAGUUUGGAGAGAAUAAUAAUAAUAAAAAAAAAAAAAACGGGGCAAUUUGUUUUAACUUACAGUGUUUUAUCAAUGGUCCAAAAAACAUUUCAUUAAAAUAGACUUUCAAUUAAUUAACAGGUUUUAGUUAAUGAUUCUUCCAAUAAAGUCAUAAAAAUUCCCAGAUUCUCCCUUCCCUUUUCUAAUUUUGAUCUACGAAUGAACAAUAAAAAUAAUACUAAUAAAUUACAGUGCAACUUUUAAGAAAUACCUGCAGUGCUUUCAGCCUGUUGUUCUCUACCAGCUUCUACUAAGCUCUCGUCUUCACUCGUCAGCAGCUCCCACAAAAACACUUGCCUCAUAAUUUUGGGGUGGACAUUUUGGCACAAUCAAAGCAUUUGUGUAAAUAAGUGGCGUCAUGAUGGAGUGAGGCCUGCGAGGCGGUUCAGACAGACAGCUCACAUGUCAAAACUAAGAGCAAAGCAAUUCAUCCUCAAUGUGGUCCUGUCAAUAAAGCUGAUUGACUCAUGAGUUUGCAAACAUUGCUUCAUAUUUUAUCAUUUCUCUGCUGAGCUUUUGUGUAUGCAAGCAGGGAGUGAUAAGAUUGGAAACAAGACCUCUGCAAUAAGGUGGUCCUGUGACUCCUGUCAGCAGUGCAUGUUUUACUAAUCAAUUUCAAACACUGCUUUAUUUUUUAUCUUUUCUUUCCUGAUCUUUGGUAUAUGCAGAGAUCAGAGACUAAAGACACAGAACAAUAUACUACUCAACAACAUGUGAAGUGGAGCCUCUGCCUGCCAAUAGGUUUAAAAAUCAGCUCUGCAUUCACAUAACAUGUUCCAAGUAAGUUGUCUGACUGAACCGAACUUCGCAUUAACAACUUUAAACCAACAUGAAGUGUGUGAGCCAAAUGUUCAAAUGUUUAAAUGAAAUAAGAAACAGCCAAAUUGCCACAGAAAGACAAAAAAAAAAAAAAUAGAAGUACAAUUUCACGUAUUUUUUGUCACUUCUGGGUAGUAUUAGAGGUGGGCGAUACGUAUGAGAAUAUUACAACAUUAAUAUACUUGAAAAGUGUUAUCUAGUGGACACCACGCAGACAUAUGUGUAGUAAAAUGAAAUCAUGUGAAGGUAAAAAUUUGAAUUCUUCUAAACUGUUCACUAAUUUUAGAUACAUAUCAGGCAUCUAUCAGGACACUUUGUAUGUCUAAUAAAUUCAGUGUUGACAGUGUGUGAGAAUCCAACCUUUACUUUCACAUAGAAAAUCAAUUGAGUACCAUAGAUGCAAAAAAAUCCAGCUCAUUGGUUUCCAGCAUACAGCACAGCGUCUUAACACACUCAGAGAUGUUUAAUGAUAUUCAUAUGACAAUAUAAAUAAAUAUGGCUAAAUGAUUAUCAUCUGACAGUAUACAUAUUGUCAUAUCGCCCACCCCUAGCAGUAGUUACUUGUUCACACGUCACAGCGCUGUUUGUAGUCUGACACAGUGGGAUAUCCGUACCAGACUUGAGGGAUGAGUCGCACCUGAUUCAGAUCACAUGUCUUUGUGGGUUUACUGCAAUCUAGAUUUCCUUGUGUCAUCAUACAACCACUGCCGUACAGUUGAUGCAUCCAAGAAAAA